AUGAAUAGCCGUACAACACAAAUAAAAAAUAAUUCAUAUGAGGAUCCCCUCACUCAAAGAUAUGUUUUACAAGGACUUAUUGACAAAGGUUCAGAAGGUAUAGUUUAUUCUAUUUUACAUAAAAAAUCAGGACAAUUGCUAGCGUGUAAAAAAAUUGAAAUUGGGGAGUCAAGAAUAAAUGGUCUAAGAGUAUUACAAGAAAUUAGACUCUUAAAAUAUUUAAAUCAUGAAAAUAUUAUUCACUUAGAAGAAUAUCUUUAUGCUCAAAUUGAAUCUGUUAAUACUGUUUUUCUAAUCUAUGAACUAUUCCCAAGAAAUUUAUCAGAGAGUAUCAAAUCAGGAAGGAUUACUGCAUCAACCCAAAUGAAAUAUAUCAUUUCACAAUUGGCUUCUUCACUAUAUUAUUUACAUAUUAAUAAUUUUAUUCAUCGAGAUGUUAAACCAAGCAAUAUACUAAUCAAUGAUAGAUUUAAAAUAAAAUUGUGUGAUUUUGGAUCAUGUAAAUGUUUAAACCAAAAAGAGUCAUAUCCAACAAUUCAAAGUGUAUGUACUAAAAUUUAUAUGCCUCCAGAAUAUUUUUAUGAAGGAGUUGAAGAAACUACUACUAUCGAUAUUUGGCAGUUGGGUUGUGUUUAUAUACAAAUGAUUUUACGAGCACCACCAUUUAAAGGUCAUUCUGUAAAUUCUAUUAAAAAAUCAAUUUUAUCGUUAAUUAAACCAGACGAAAUAAUUAAAUUUAAUAACAAUGAGGAAGUAAAUGAGUCAUAUGGAUUAAAAGAAACCAAGACUAUUUUACCAUAUUUCUUUAGGACAUUAAAAAUUGAUUCUUCUUCACAAGAAUUAAUUUAUGAUAUGUUACAAAUAGAUCCAUUAAAAAGAAUUACAGCAAUUGAAAUUCUACAACACCAAUCAGUUGCUAUGUUUAAACAACCAUUAGGUGAAAAAGAAAGUAAUGAAUUUGAAUUUGUAAAAGGAAACGAGACUUAUGACGAAAUCGUUCAAUUAAUAAAAAACGAAAUGUAA